CGCGCUAUCGCACAGGCUCCUUCAUAUUUUAUUCGUAUUGAUUCGAGCCCUUCAAUCAAUAGUGUGGUGUGUCUGUGUGUUGUGGUAUCAUCUAUAACACCAGAGUCAACAAGAGGCUUGCAACUGCAUGAUGUCAUACGAGGACAUACGUGAUCACUUACUGCCCAGGUACACAGCGGUAAAACAUUACAAACGGUAAAAACUCGAGGACGACAAAAAACACUUACAACAGACACAGCCGUUCAGCCUGAAGGCAGGACAUACAUUUUGAAUUUGAUGCGAGAUAACGUGGCUGGUUCAAAAUCGACAGGAAUGGAUAUACAGAUCUACAAGUUUCUUCUCCAUUUGGAUGAUAUAAAUAGUUUUUGUGAGAUUUGGGAGAAGUAAGGGAUUGGUGUCAAUACCCUUACCUAUAGAUACGAGGAGUGUCGCUAUACUGUGUUUGUGAUCCUGAUAUUGAUUGUGUUUACUAAGUGUUGAUAAGUGGAUAUUAUAGACGCCUCCCCACACUAUCAUGGCACACCAGUCUGGAUUGGAGGGAAGUCCCAGGAGGAGGAAAUCAAACCUGCCGGGUCCAAAGACUUUCGGAACAGCACCCGGUCCCUCUUCCAAGGUGGCGGGGCCGCCAGACACCCAGGGAGCGAUCACACACUACCAGCCUGUCGACUCGCACCAGGGACUGUAUGUGGGGCAGCGUGUCUACAUUGGGGGCAUCAAACAGGGCACCGUCCUCUACUGCGGGCGUACACACCUCGCUGAUGGCAUCUUUUGCGGAAUCGAACUAGAUGAAUCGGAUGGAAAACAUGAUGGACAGGUGCAGGGUGUGAGGUAUUUUCGUUGUCGACCAGGACACGGUAUAUUUGCUCCCCUCGAAAAGGUCAGCAAAGUACCAGAUCAUCAGCCUGACGAGUCGAUUGAGAGUCAUUACCAGCAGGCUUUAGCCAGUCAGCAGCGACUCUCGCGCAGGCUUCUCCCCCAGUCCAAGCCUUACGUUCGCACUGGCUCACGGGAGAGGAUUGCCAUUCCCACAUGCAUUGAAGAGCAAAACGAGGACAUUAUUGACAGUGUAGAUGAGGCGGAGCUCCGAUAUUUAGAAGAACAGCUCCGAGCCAGUGGUUCACCCAAGUUAGGUGGUGGUACCCAGGGCACGGAUAUAGAUGCUACUAAGUGUCUCAGUGAUACCUACACGAAAGAGGACUUCACAAUUGCCAAGUCCUCACCCAAACGAUCGCGUCUGCCGGCAUAUUCGAAGCUUCCACAGUCGAGGACAGCGGGAUAUAAGUAUACAGAUGUGGCAGCAGACAUUGAGCUGAUACGUAAGGAGGACAUAACUAUCCCCAAGAGUUUAGAGAUUAAGGACUUCAAUAAGACAUUCACUCUGAGUGAUAACCUGCCAGAUGUGGUAGACCAUCAACGCCCUCUAACCGAGAGCUCCUCCAGUGCUGAUGACUCGCUGAGCACUGAUGCCAAGGAGUGCCUCUGUAGUGACAGACGGCAGUACUUCAAUCUGACCUUUGACACAGGAAGCAAUAACAGUUCCCCUCAACACCUUGCUAAGGACACUGCUGGGUUGCAGCCAGCAUUGCCCCAGGAUGUGACACAGCCAGGUGAUACUUUGGCUAGCAGUAGUUCUAGUCUCGGCCUGGUGGACAUUAACAGUUCCCAUUUCAGCACUGACUUACUUCAGGGUUCUGGUAUUGAUGGAAACUUAACUGACAGCGAAAAACUCAAGCAUACUUUUUCCGUGUCAAAGAGAACAGAUAGAGUUGCCUCCCUUAGUGAUACGUUUUCUCUUGACCAUGCUGUGACCUCCACACCAGAAAACAAAUCACUGUCCAGACAGAGGACAGAGGCUGAGCAAGAGUCCCUCACACACGGAUCAAGAAAUUCUGGAUCAAAAAGGAGUCUCGCUUCAACAUUUGAGCUAGAACAUAAGGUUCACCCACCUGUAACAACUGAUGACACGCUUGACUGGCGACAGGAGGCAUCGGAUGGAGAAGACGAGGAUGGACAAUCAAACUGCAGUGAAAACAUUGAGGAACAACAGGAAAAUGUCAGGCAAGUCAACAUUGAAAUUCAGAAUGUGAAAAAUUGUACAUUUUCAACCGUAGACAAAGAUGGGCAAGAAAUAUUGAUACCGAAAGUUGGGAUUACUGGUCAGGAGCUAAUUAAGAGUAGUGGACCAGUGGAGGCUGAACAGCUACUUUAUCAGAGACCGAAACGGCCUAUGACUGAUUCUGGAAUCGGAUUGACGGAUUCCUGUGAAAUGAGAAGGUCGCAAAACAUGGCCGACUCGAGUGAAUUCCGUCGAUCUCAGAAUUUGGAAAGUGUGUUGGAAGAUGCCAACACUAAUGGUUCCAGCAUUGGGAGUACAGGUGAUUUAGUGUGUAGUGGACAUGAUUUACUGGACGGACACACACGUCAGAAUGACUCCCUGCUCAGGGCCGACCUGGAGGCUGGGCAUUUCAAACAGGGGAGGCCACUCUCUCUUAUAUCUACGACCAGUGCCGACACAGGUUAUGUGCCGGACACAGACACUGACAUAGAAAUGGAGGGUGGGGCGACCGGGUCACCCGUUCACUGGGAGGAACAGCAUAGUCACGCCCAAUCCAGUACGUCAGAACUGGACAAGGCGUACGCCAACACCUUCAAACAUUACCAAGCAGGGGUGACACACGGAACUGUGCGGUCUCAGGUAAUGGACAGUGACUCGGACCUGUACAGUGAUACGGGGACUAUCAUACCCGAGGAUGACACGCUCAACAGCAGCAGCAGACUACUCGACUUAGAAAACAUGAGUUCCCUGUUGAUGGACGUCGAGGGGAUGGAGUCCAAGGAUGUGUUGCCAGUGACCGAUGGUCAAGUCAGCAGUCAAGACGUUGUUACUCCUCAGGAAAUGGUACCUGUAAGUCAGCAUCCAGUCAAACAGACAAGUUCACAGAUGGAAGAUGACCGAACAGAAGCUGACCAAGGUCAGGAUGUCAAGGUCACGGAGAGUCAAACUGUUACCGAGGUAACAGAAAUUUCGGGAAAAGAGGUUGUGGAUAAAACAGUUACUGAUCAGCCACAGGACCCGGACAACGACACUAUGUUGAAGGUCACGGUGGAGGUUGUGGACGAUUCCAAUUCUGCUGUCACGGAGACGGAGGUUAAAGGUGAAGUGUCUGUGACCUCACAAGUUGAGGAGAAAAAUGAAGAGAAACAAAACGUUUCUAAGGAUAAAAGUGAUACAGGUACAACAAAGAAUAAAUUUAAGUUCAAAAAGAAGAAGGAGGUGGAGAAAAUAGAGUACAAGAAACCCAAUGUGAAUGUGAAAUCGCGCCUCGGGGAUUAUAUAAAGGCUCCGCUACCAGUGAAGGCUAAAGAGGAGGUCAGGGAAUCUCCCAAACCUAAACAAAAUACUGAGAGUAAGAAAAAGAAUUCUAAGGAGGAUGCGGAUAAAUCCAAACAAAAUAGUGGCGAGGGUGUUAGUGAGGAGAGAAAUACACGCAAAAAGGUGGAGAAAGAAAUACCCAAGAUCAUCAAACGUAGCCCUCCGAAAAGUAAGUGGGGCAACAUCAUGUCGCAGAUAGAAGAGGAAAAGGGCAAAGUCAAACCUAAGUCUGAGGUGAAGAGUAAGUUAGAGACCUACCUCUCUACACCCGCCCCAACUCCUCCUCCUCCUAAAAAGGAGGAGGCAACGAAGGAGGCCAAGGUCAAGAUAAAGCUGCCAGCAGUGCCUAAACCUGACUAUAGUAAAGUCAAGAGCAAGCUUUGUCUGGGGCCACCACCCCCCAUCAUCAAACGGGACCGGUCUCCAUCAGGAGGCGGGCGAGCUCAGUCCCCGCGCCCGGGGCGGCUCUCGAAAGGCGAGAACAGUAGACGACCCUCCUCUGUCAGCUCUGCUGGUAGCAUAGUGCCUAACCUGGAUCUCAAUGACUCCCUUGGCAGCAGUGUGUUGGAUUCUGCACUUAGUUCAGCUCGGAGUAGCCAAUCAGAGACUAGUCGGACAAGCAAAACAGAAGAAGAGUCUACCACACCUCGACCUGGAGGUAAACCCGAAAAUCCUGCGGUGGCUUUGAUCCGGCGAGAACGGCGGGACAGUUCGUCUAGUUCAGUGUCCGACAGUUCUCAGGGUUCGGUUAAGGUGAUGAAUGCUAAGAACUUGAAGGCUUCAGAGUCGGUUCCGACGAGGCGUAAAUCCAUGCCCGUCAAAAGCAGCAUCCAACCUCCCAUGAAGUCCCCCAAGGAGCGAUCACCAGCUCCCUCUUCCUCAGGAAAACGGCUCUCACCUACUGAUGCACCGCCAACCACCAAAGCAACAAAUAACACCACUAACAAAAAAACAGGGUCUUCCUCACGGACCAUUAACAAACCACAGGUCCCGAACAAGUCCAGUACGCCUCAAAAACAAACUGACCAAAGCCGCAACAAGAGCAGUAAGAGUAAGACCCUCCAGAAGCCCUUGCCCACCCAGCCAGACCCUGCCCACACCAAGCAGGAGAUAGCCCGCCUCGAGGCUCUCUGUGAGGCGCGGACCAAAGAACUCAACUUCGCCAAGUUACAAAUGAGGUCUAAUCUACAAGCCUUCGAUGCCAUGGCUGCUCUCGUCAACUACCUUAGCCAUGAUCUGGAUGCCUUUUCUUGCCCCGCGCUGUCGGAGAAACUACAGAAACUUCAGACAGAGAUGGCGGAGGCUCAGUCACAACUAGUUGAACUACAGGAACGUAAGGUCAAGCUUGAAUCUGAACUUGAGGGCACGCGACACGACCAUAUAGAAACUACAGCCACCAUGCAGGAGGACCAUAAACUGUUACUGACAAGUCAGAGGGAGAAACUCCAGCAGGAACAGGACAGAGCUGUUAGAAAAACUGAAGAUUACUACUCAGAUGAAAUUACCAGGUUAAAAGCCUACCAAGAUAAACAGAUUCGUGAGGUGAGAGCAGAGAGUAAGGCCAGUGUCACUGAACAUCAGCAACAACAGAAGGAGGACAUCCAUUGUUUACAACGUAAACAUGAACACCAGAUGGAAGAACUCCACAAACAGCACAGGGACAAGUUGGAGGACAUUACUCACCGAUUUGAGAGUAUGAAGAUGAACCUCUCCGACAAGGUGGAGAGUCUGAGGUACGAGUGUGAUGACCUCAGGGUCAGGGCCAGGAUGAGUGAGGAGGCGCUCCAGAGGGACUCCGACUACAAAGUCCAGAUGGCAUUGGCACCAUUCAGGAACAUGCCAGAGGAGAUUCGGAGUCUGAAACUUGUUGUGGAGAUGAGGAAUGAGGAAAUACAGAAACUAAAGCAACGGAACUUGCAUCUAGAAAGACAGGUGGAGGAGCUGGCCGUGAUGAAGGACAAGGUGAACAGUCUGCAUCAGAAGCUGGAGAACUCCGAUGCCAUCCUCAGCAUAAAAUCAGACCAUGAAAAACAACUCCACGGGAAGUGUCAGAUACUGAUGAGGAAGUAUGACAAGGAAAACAAGGCCAACAAGCGCCUGUCCAUGGACUACGAGGAGCUUGUGUGGAAGAUGAACCAAAGCGGGGAGCUGGGAUCACAGGAGAACCUGUGGAGUGCCGGACAGCAGUCCCCCACCCCCGAUACCAGCUCCCCGGGGCCGGGGCGUCGUACACGCUCCCCAGCUGUAAGUGAAAGUGAUAGACUAGUCAACAGAAGUCCUGUUUACCGUCGUUCUCUCUCCUCCAACGCUACGGAGACUGAUGGUGACAAAAAGCUAAAGAGGAGGUCCGCAACCUACCUCCUAGAAGACAGGAAAACCUCGCCAACAGGAAGUCCUCUACACAAACGUUCUCAUGGUUCCGCCUCCUCCGCCUCCUCCUCUCCUCUCCAUCACAGUUACCAUGACAGCGAGCUGUCUAAUGGGAGGACAGACCGAAUGAUCCACUCCCUCAAUGAUGUGGAUGUGUUUGAGGAACCCCAGGCCCUCCCUUCACCUCCCCCUCCCUGUGAAAUGGAAGGAAGCUUAACUUCCUUCUCAUCUUCCUCCGAGAGUGACCCCAUGUUAGGAUCAACAGACUGCCUCGGGCAGAAUGAGGAGAGAGACAACUCAAAAACUCUUACCUCCAGCAAGAGUAUUACUAUGCCAGACCUGCCUUUUGUGGACAGUGACAAAUGUGAGGAAGUGACUGGACAGGACGAGGGUGUGUGUCUGACGGAGGAACAGGGAGAGGAGGCCUCAGACAUGUCCCACUCCACAGAGUCCACCGCCUACUCCAAUUCCUCGUCACUCCUGUGGGACUACGAGAAAAUGGACUCGGCGAAAUCAAUGGACUCCAGUCAGACCAGUGACACACUUCUGGAGCAGAAUGGCUCCGAGGCAUGGCAAACAGAGUCGAUGACAUCAUCAAAGGGGAUUUCAGCCUCUUCAAGUGCAGAGUGUGUGCUGCCCACUAAAGAGGGUAAAGACAAUGAAGGGCAGACAACUCAGGAAGUCACAACUGUUAAAACUCUACAUGAAUCAACAGUUUAAUUGUAUGUAUUAUAUUGGCUGAUCCUGCAAUAUAAUGAGUUAACUACAAGCAUUUACAGUUGAAUUCUGUCCUAUAUAUUACAGUAAUAUUUGUAGGGAAGUGUUUUUUCGGCAACUUUUUAUCAUACCAAUUUUUGAGAAGAAACCUUUUCUUCAAUACCUUUUUAUACGAAGGAAAUUGUCAACUAAUAUUUUCCUUCUAAUUUCUUCUCUUUUUUUUGACAAGUUUGAACACAAGUGUUUUGGGGUUUUUUUCCUUUCGUUUUUAUUUUUUUUAGAUAAUUUAUCUGUCUAAAUUUAACUGUCAUUUAUGACGUGGAAUACAAAUCUGACUGUCUGUAAUGUUCAGAAACAGACCAAUUAUUCUGUACAGGUUCCAGUAGAUUCACAUGUAUAAUAAAUAGAUGUGGGUUUCUACUUUUUCCCAAACUGAUUUUUUUGUCCGAAAAAGAUGAAAUAAUUAAGCAGUAUACGUAAAAUUUGGAGAAAUGUUUUUGUCCUCAACUAUAUAGGAAGGGGAGAUAAUUGGGCAUUUAUUUAACCAAUCUGUGAUAAUUUGCUUUAAAUUUAGUAAAAUACUGUUCUAUAUCUUGCAAAAUCCCUUCCCAUUGUUGGAAACAUAUAGAAGUUAGCAGGAUUUUGAAGAUGGGAAUGGUAAGUAAGAUUCAUUACUACCUGUAUAAAUAAUAACCUGUAUAACGAAGUGUCUUCUGACAGCACUUGUUUACUACUAGUCAGUGAAUACUACAGAGUUAGUGACAUACCCAAAGGCGUCAGGAGGCUGUACACAAUGUCUUCUGGCAGCACCUGUUAUAGUAGUCCUACUAGUCAGUGAAUACUACAGAGUUAUUUACAUACCCAAAGUCUUCAGGAGGCUGUACAAAAUGUCUUCUGACAGCACCUGUUAUAGUAGUCCUACCAGUCAGUGAAUACUACAGAGUUAGUGACAUCCCCAAAGUCUUCAGGAGGCUGUACACAAUGUCGUCUGACAGCACCUGUUAUAGUAGUCCUACCAGUCAGUGAAUACUACAGAGUUAGUGACAUUCCCAAAGUCUUCAGGAGGCUGUACACAAUGUCGUCUGACAGCACCUGUUAUAGUAGUCCUACCAGUCAGUGAAUACUACAGAGUUAGUGACAUACUCAAAGUCUUCAGGAGGCUGUACACAAUGUCUACUGACAGCCCCUGUUAUAGUAGUCCUACUAGUCAGUGAAUUCUACAGAGUUAGUGACAUACCCAAAGUCUACAGGAGUCUGUACACAAUGUCUUCUGACAGCACCUGUUAAAGUAGUCCUACUAGUCAGUGAAUACUACAGAGUUAUUUACAUACCCAAAGUCUUCAGGAGGCUGUACAAAAUGUCUUCUGACAGCACCUGUUAUAGUAGUCCUACCAGUCAGUGAAUACUACAGAGUUAGUGACAUACUCAAAGUCUUCAGGAGGCUGUACACAAUGUCUACUGACAGCCCCUGUUAUAGUAGUCCUACUAGUCAGUGAAUUCUACAGAGUUAGUGACAUACCCAAAGUCUUAAGGAGGCUGUACACAAUGUCUUUUGACAGCACCUGUUAUAGUAGUCCUACUAGUCAGUGAAUUCUACAGAGUUAGUGACAUUCCCAAAAGCUUCAGGAGGCUGUACACAAUGUCUUCUGGCAGCACCUGGUAUAGUAGUCCUACUAGUCAGUGAAUAUUACAGAGUUAGUGACAUACCCAAAGUCUUCAGGAGGCUGUACAAAAUGUCUUCUGACAGCACCUGUUAUAGUAGUCCUACUAGUAAGUGAAUACUACAGAGUUAGUGACAUACUCAAAGUCUUCAGGAGGCUGUACACAAUGUCGUCUGACAGCACCUGUUAUAGUAGUCCUACCAGUCAGUGAAUACUACAGAGUUAGUGACAUACCCAAAGUCUUCAGGAGGCUGUACACGUUGUCUUCUGAACAGAUACAGGGAAAAUCCUCGAACUUGACAGCAGUACGUGGGCCAUUUCAGCAACUUUCAAUCAAUAUGAAGAUUAAGAGGGGCCAUUCUAUGUAAAAUUCUAAAGAAAAUUGGAACAUGGAGGGGUCAAUUUCAGUUGUGAGGGGUCAAUGACCCCAUGGCCCCCUCCAGGAUUAUCCCUGAAAUAUUAGCAAUAACUGAAUUCCUGAAGAGUAACGAGGAAGAAACCAGUGUCUAUCAACAGAUCAAGCUGCUUUUGUCAAAGAAUUUACUGUCAUGUGAUAAAAAUUCUACCAUAUACAAUUAGCACUGUUGUAGAGUGUUGAUGUGGUAGUGGGACGAUCACUCGAGAGUUUGAUUGAGUAGACAUAGAUUAUAGUGACGAUCACUCGAGAGUUUGAUUGAGUAGACAUAGAUUAUAGUGACGUUUAGGAUUUCCAUGAUUGUUGAAUUCUAAGGUGCUUUAGUUUUCAUCUGAAUCUUGAAUAUGUUUGACAGUUGAUAACAUAGAUAACUCCCAUGUUGUUGUAGAUAAUAUGACUGGUGUGUCCAGUAGGGUCUCCGGAUUUGUAUAUAUCUAUAGAUCUGGU